AUGAAAACUUCGACAAUUUUGCAAUUAUCUUUGUUUGCUAUUCCUUCUCGUUCAAGUUCAAGGCCUAUUGUAUGGAUACAAAACAAGAUAGCUGCUGGUACUAUACUGAGACUGGAGCCUACACAGACGAUCAUGGACAUGAAAAAUGGCUCAUCUAAAACGAGAGGUCCUUUCAAUAAUGAAGGGAUAUAUGUUGGCACUAUCAUGGUGAAACAUGGAGCUGGCAAGUAUAUCCAUGUAGAGAGUCUAAAAUGA